AUGUCUUCCGGGUACUAUGUAGGCAAGCGAGUCUCGUUCAAAGGGAGACUAUGUACUAUUCGCUACAUAGGUCCUGUAGAAGGGACCAAGUCGGAUAAAGAGUAUCUCGGAGUCGAAUGGGACGAUCUGAAGGGCAAACACGACGGCACCCACCAAGGCAAAAGAUACUUCACAUGCUGGAGCAGCUCCCCAACAGCAGCUUCCUUUCUUCUCUCUUCUUCUCGAGCUCCAGACACCUCACAAUCCUUCGUCUCAGCCGUGGAAGAGAAAUACGGCUCCCCGGCCACCUCCACUGACUCCGACGUCAACGUAAUAUCUGGCAAGACUGUUGAGGAAGUCGGGUUUGACAAGAUCAGAGCUCAGCAAGCUCGGCUGCAUGAGCUGAAAAUUGUGUUGGUCGAUGGUCAGAGGAUCAGUCAUGCGGAAAGCAAUGCCGGGGAAAUAAAGGCUGUUUGUCCGAAGAUCGAGGAGCUGGACCUAAGCAGGAAUGUUAUUGGGAGUUUUGGAGAGGUUGUGAGGAUUUGUGGGGAGCUGGGAGCUCUGAAGAGUGUGAGAGUCAAUGGUAAUCGCUUCUCAGACUUGGUUGGGAGCAUACAGCCGGAUGAGCAGCAUUCAUAUGCGGCAACGUUUGCGAAAGUUACAGAUGUGUCAAUGGACGAGAUGCUCCUCGAGUGGACUGGCUUCAUCCGUGCUGUGGCACAUUUCCAUGAACUCAGAAGCUUCGAGGCCUCGAUGAAUGGGCUCAAAAAGCUAGACCUACCUUUGCGCGCGAAUAGGUUGACAUCCUUGACUCUGGAGUAUAAUUCGUUCGAAAGUCUCAUGAGCAUCAUAGUACUGCGAGAACUGAACUCUCUCGAGGUCUUACGUCUUAAAGGAAACAAGAUUUCGGAGAUUGGCGCCGAGCCACAUAACCUCUCAGAAAUCCCAUCUUUUGGCAAGCAAUUGAAUUACGUCGAUCUAUCCUAUAACGCCGUAUCCACCUGGAAAUUUGUCGACGACCUGCCACACGUCUUUCCAGGAAUGAACGCCCUCCGCUUCGAUCACAACCCCAUCUACAAGACCAGCAAGGAAGUCGGGUCCUUCACCAGCAUGGAUGACUCUUACAUGCUGACUCUGGCCCGGAUCCAAAACCUGGAGAUUUUGAACUUUAGCAAGAUUAGCCCUGCUGAUCGCAUGAAUUCAGAGAUGUUUUACCUCUCGCAGAUCGCCAAGGAGAUCUCAGAAGCACCCCAGAGCAAAGAAAAACAAGUGAUCUCUCGACACCCGAGGUAUGCUGAUCUUUGCGAGAAACACGGUGCUCCACCUAUCACGCGCAAGGAAGCGGGAGUCUUAAAUCCUAAUUUCUUGGAGGCACGUUUGAUCAAAUUUACGUUCUACGUUCCGCUAAACACUCAAGUCGGGGGGGAAGAGGAGGAGAGGAGGGCAGUAAGGGAGAUUCCGAUGUCCUACGAUGUUUAUGGACUUAAGGGUCUUGUGGGGAAGAUGUUUGGGAUCCGACCGUUGUCUUUGCGUUUGAUCUGGGAAACUGGAGAGUGGGACCCCGUUGCUGGCUUUGAGGGCUUCGAGGACGAGGAAGAUGACGGCGCCGCAGAGGUCGAUGAGAUGAUGAAGGCGAUCAGAGAAAAGGGGAAGUGGAUGAAGAGGGAGGUUGAGAUUGAAGAUGGAACGCGAGAGCUGGGAAAUCUGGUUGAUGGGCUGGAGGCGACGGUCAGAAUCGAAUUGCGGUGA